AUGCCGACGCACAUGUUGCUCCGUUCGCUCUUCGUCGCCACAAUAUCGUCUAACAAGUUCCUUCUGAUACCAUCACUCAACCUGCUCUCCUUCUUCUCGAAACCGAAUCGAAGCCUGUUGUUCAAUAUAGAUCGAAACCCUGUAUUGAAGGCUGUUUUGAAGAGAACCCUGUAUAAUCAGUUUUGCGCCGGAGAAACACAACAAGAGACACGAGCUUGUGUAAAGCAGCUGAAGGAUUUGGGAUUCAAAGGGGUGAUCUUGACGUAUGCGAAGGAGAUGGUGUUUGAUCACAAAAGCAAGUCUGCAAACCAUCAUACCUCGGAUAGCUUUGUCGAUGAAAAGACUAGUAUGGCGCAUGAUGCAGACGUCGAGGCAUGGAGGGUAGGCACACUAGGAACACUUGAUCUCAUCUCCGAGGGAGACAUCUUAGCUCUGAAAACGACAGGCGGUGGUCCAGCCGUCUCAUCAGCAUUCAGUAAAGGCGAGCUUCCACCCCAGCAAAUGCUCGACGCCCUAGAUGAGAUAGCGACCCAAUGUAAAGCACGCAAUGUCCAGAUCAUCAUCGACGCUGAGUCUCAGCACUGGCAAUCAGGCAUCACUCGCACGACACUCGAACUAAUGCGCAAGUUCAACCGCAAUGGUAAGGCUGUCAUCUACAACACAUAUCAAGCCUACCUCAAAGACACUCCCACAGUCCUCGCACACCAUAUGGCCGAGGCGGAAAGAGACGGGUUUACUCUUGGUCUCAAGCUCGUGCGUGGUGCAUACAUCCUCUCAGAUAACCGCUCCUUGAUCCAUGACACCAAAGAAGACACAGAUAACGCCUACAAUACGAUAGCACAGGGUGCGCUUCGUCAGCAAAUAGGCAGCUUCGGGGCAUCUGGAUCAUCUGCCCGCCGGUUCCCUUCUGUAAACCUCUUCCUCGCUUCUCACAACCGCGAAAGCGUGCUCUCGGCCCACAAGCUCCACCGACAGCGUACGGAAGCCAGUCUGCCUACUGUUCCCGUCGCUUACGGGCAGCUUCACGGCAUGUCAGAUGAAGUCAGCUUUUCCCUGUUAGCGGAGAAGGGGGUGGGUGGCAAGGCGCCUGAGGUGUUGAAGUGCACUACUUGGGGUAGCAUGGGCAACCUCGGUACCCCCAUCCUACACAGCCUCCUCAAUGCUCCUUCAGAUUCUCUCUGCGGCAUCACCCAAUUCAUCGCCUGCGUCCAAAGCGAAUCGUCCGUAAGACGCCUCAAGGAUCGCUUCUCGAUGCACGAGAACCUACGUAUCAUGAGAAACGACAACGUCAACGCUAUCAAAAGUUCCCAUGUGAUCAUCCUCGGUGUCGACCCCUCACAAGUAGAAGCAAUACUGGACGACGAUAGCGACAUCGAUGAAGGAUUAAAGGGGAAACUACUAAUCAGUAUAGUAGCAGGCUGGACACGUCCAGCUAUCGAAGAGCUGAUCAGCGCCGAGAGCGACUUACGUGAUAAACAGUUUCCAAAUCAACCGAGAGCAUGGGUCUUGCGUACCCUCCCCAACGUAGCAGCGCUCGUUUCACAGUCUAUGACCGCCAUCGAAGACCACCCUUCACCCAACUUCCCUCCCCACUUCAAAGAUAUGGCAACAGCCAUCUUCACGCAAAUCGGCAAACCCAUGUCCAUACCACCCGCGCUCAUGCCCGCCACAACAGCCGUCUCAGGCUCCACACCCGCAUUCUGGGCCAUCAUCGUCGACAGCCUCAUCGACGCUGCUGUGGCUGUGGGUCUACCGCGAAAGCUGGCUCAGGAGCAGAUCUACCAGAGUAUGCGGGGCAGUGCGGAGAUGCUUCAGAGUGGGAUACAGCCGGGCGAGUUGAGAGAUAUGGGAACGAGUCCGGAGGGGUGUACGAUUGCGGGGGUUAUGGUGCUGGAGGAAGGUGGGGUGAGGGGUGUGUUGGGGAAGGCGUUGAGGGAGAGCGUUACGGUUGCUAGGGCGAUGGGGAGUGUCGGGGGGAAGGGUGGGAAGGAGGUGCAUGUUAAUGAUACUAGGAAGAUCUAG